AAAGCCGCUUCACUCACAGCUAUCAAACUCCUGAGAAAUUAUGCUCUGUAUUUCUUACUUUGUUUUUCUAGGGAGAUUUUCAAAAUGGAUGAUUGGAAAUCACUUCUUGUACUUCUUUUUGUAUCCACCUUUGGCACUCUAGAUGCACAACAGACUGCAGCUUGCAUUAAUGCCACGAUGGCAGAUGUUGUCUUUAUAGUGGAUACUUCAACAAGUAUUACCCAGGAGAACUUUCAGAAAGUGAAGAACUUCCUUUCCUCCUUGGUCUCAAGUUUUGACAUUGGCCUUGAUGCGGUCCGAGUUGGACUGGUCCAAUACAGUGACAAAGCUUACCAAGUAUUCUUACUGAAUCAGUAUUUAUUGAAAAAUGAUGUUUUGGAGCAGAUUGGGAAUUUGCCGUACAGAGGUGGAGAAACAUACACAGGGAGAGCUCUGGAUUUCGUCAGCACAAAGUAUUUCAUGGAAUCUGCUGGUAGUAGAGCAAAGGGUUAUGUCCCUCAGUUAGCCAUUCUUAUCACCAGUGGAGAAUCCAGGGAUGAAGUAGAACAGCCUGCCAAGAAACUGAGAUACAGAGGCAUUUCCAUUUACGUUGUUGGAAUUGGUAUCCAGAAUACAACUGAGCUUCAGCAAAUAGCCAGCAAACCCUUCCAUAAAUACCUGUAUAGCAUUGGUAGUUUCGAUGACCUUCCAGAUCUCUCCACAAGAGUUUUGCAAAACUUCUGCACUGCAAUUGAAAACCAGAUACAAGCAUUUGCAAAACAAUAUGCUGAUGUUAUUUUCCUUAUUGAUUCCACUGAGAACAUGAAGCCUUCAACGUCUGAAAGGGUAAAACAGUUCAUCUCCCAAGUAGUCAGGCAGCUAGAUGUUGGGCUUAACAAGCAUAGGGUUGGCCUAGCCCAGUUUAAUGGCAUAGGAAAGGUGGAGUUUUUACUGAACACAUAUGAAAACAAAGAAGAGCUGCUUGACCACAUUCAGCGCAGCAUUGCGUUCACUGGAGGCUCAUUGCAGAAUGAAAGUGCCAUGGAGUUUUUGAAGAAAACCUUUUUAAUGAACGGUGCUGGAAAUCGGCUCAGUGAGGGCACUCCACAGGUUGUUGUGAUCUUCGCAUCUUCUGGAUCCAGAAACAGUGUCAUGGAGGAAGCCUGGAUGUUAGAGGAGAUGGGGGUGAAAGUUACCUCAGUUGAUGUUGAAUACUUUGACAUGAUAGAAGCGGUGAGAGAACUCUCUAGCAAGGCUGAUCAGAUUUAUGAAGUGGAGAGCAUUGACCUUGUGCAACAAAACAUUGUCAGUAACAUCGAAACUUCACUUCAAAAGCUUUAUGACCUUGAUUCAAGUGUGCCAGCAGUGUGUUCUAGUGCAACAGUGGCAGAUAUUGUGUUUCUUGUGGAUGAAUCCAGCAAAAUUGGGUCAAAAAACUUCCAGCUGAUUAGGGCUUUUCUGUUAAAAAUUGUUAAUGCCCUAGAUAUUGCUCCAAGCAAUGUAAGAGUUGGGCUAGUGUUGUACAGUAAUGAACCAAGACUAGAGUUCACUCUUGACACAUUCGAGGAUAAACUGGAAAUACUGAACUACCUGAAGAAUUUACCAUAUCGAGGUGGGCAAGCAUAUACUGGAAUAGCGAUUGAAUUCCUGAGGAAUAAGGUUUUCACUCAAGAGGCAGGCAGCAGAAAAAAACAAGGAGUGCAGCAGAUUGCUGUGGUUAUCACUGAUGGACAAUCCUCGGAUGAUUACACUGAACCAGCAUCAAAACUAAGACGUGAGAGUGUUACAGUCUAUGCUGUGGGCAUCAAGAAUAUCACAGAGGGUAGCAAACUUGAUAAAAUUGCAACGUAUCCCCCAAGGACUCAUGUUACCGCCCUGAAGUUUUUUCUACAACUGUCGAAUAUUGCAUGGAAAAUAAAGAAACAACUUUGUAAUGAGAUUGUGACAAAAACAUUUGUAGUCCCGUUACAAUCACAAGGUCUGAAGAAAGGUUGUGUGGACACAGAGGAAGCUGACAUUUAUUUCUUGAUUGGUGGUUCUGGAAGCAUAUAUCCGUCCGACUUCAAGGACAUGAAAACAUUCAUGAAUGAGGUUAUCAGAAUGUUUCAACUUGGAGCUAACAAUGUUCGCUUUGGUGUGGUUCAGUAUGCAUCUGAGUCAAAGACAGAGAUCAUAAUUGGCCAGCACAACCAAAUGAUGAGGUUAACAGAGGCAAUUGACAAUAUUGAUCAAAUCGGUGGAGGUACCAGAACUGGAAAUGCCUUAAAGUCUAUGAAAACUCUGUUCAAAAUGGCUUAUAGGGAAAAUGUUCCACAGAUUCUGAUAGUGAUUACAGAUGGUAAAUCUGAAGAUGGAGUGAAUCAGGCAGCAAGAGAUUUGAGACAACAAGGAAUCAUUAUCUAUGCCAUUGGCAUCAAGGAUGCUGUUCAACAAGAGUUGGAGGAAAUAGCGGAGACAAAAAAUAGAAUGUUUUUUGUAAAUGACUUUGAUUCUCUGAAACAUAUUAAACAUGAAAUUGUGCAAGAAGUCUGUUCAACAAAUGUCUGUAAAAAUGUGAGAGCUGAUAUUGUUUUCCUUGUGGACAGCUCAAACAGUAUUCGACCAGCUGAGUUUCAGAAGAUAAAGGAUUUCAUGCAGUCAUUUGUCAUCAAGGUAGAUGUUGGGCUUGAUAAUGUUCGAAUUGGCUUGAUUCAGUUCAGCUCUGAAAUAAGGGAAGAGUUCCAGCUGGACAGAUACAGCACUAUAGCUGAUGUGCGGAGAGCCAUUCAAGAAAUACAGCAGAUAAAAUCGGGAACACUGACUGGGAAAGCACUGACCUUUGCUGCCUCUUACUUUGAUCCUCCUAGAGGAGGGCGUCCUGAAUUAAAACAGUACCUGAUAGUGAUUACUGGUGGAGAAGCCCAAGAUUCAGUAAAAAGCCCAGCCAGAGCCAUCCGAGACAAAGGUAUCACUAUAUACGCUAUUGACUUGCUCCAGGCGAACAAUUCACAACUUGUGGAGAUCACUGGCACCCAAGACAAAGUGUUCUUUGAGAGUGAAAUGAACUUCUCAGAAAAGCAGAUUCUCUUUGAAAUUUGUAAUCUACAGAAGUCGUGCAAGAGAGCAGAAGCUGCUGAUAUCAUGUUUGUAGUGCAUGGAUCAUCUGGUGUUACAGACCUGCAGUUCAAAAGCAUGCUUCGGCUUGUAGAAGCAGUAGUUAACAACUCAGUGGUUGGGAAGGACAAAGUUCAGUUUGGUGUUUUGGUCUAUAGCUCCAAGCCAGAGGUGCAAUUCUCACUGAAUUCGUAUGCUUCCAAGUCUCAGAUAAGAGAAGCAGUAUUCAGCUUGAAGCCUCUGUCAGGCCAGCCCUUCACAGCAAGAGCUUUGAGCUUUGCCAGGCAGAGAUUUGAUGUGAACUAUGGUGGACGUGCAUCAUCUCUUGCUGUCACUAGGAUCCUUGUUCUCAUUACUGAUGAACCAACAGUGCCAUCAGAUAGAGACAACCUUCCAAUGGCCAUAAGGGCGUUGAAGGAAGAUAAAAUCGUCUUAAUUACUGUUGGAGUGAGCAAAGCAAGCAGAGAAGAGCUUGAAGAGAUUACUGAAGAUCAGGGAAGAUUAUUCUUUGCACAAAACUAUGAUGCACUAGAAAACAUUCACGAAAACCUGACUCAGAUAGUGUGUGAGAAAUCUAAGCCAGUUUGCAGCAAUCAUGUGGCAGACCUGAUAUUUUUGAUAGAUGGAUCAGAAAGUAUAUCAGAAAACAGCUUUUCCAUCAUGAAGACCUUCAUGGAGGAUGUUGUGGACAAUUUUGUUAUUUCUAGGGCCAAAGUACAUGUUGGAGUAGUCCAAUAUAGUCAAGAACCCCAGAAGGAAUUUUAUCUUAAUGAGUUCUAUAGUGACACCGUUAUAAAGGAACAGAUAAACAGAAUCGAGCAACUGAAAUCUUCUACAUUCACUGGCAAAGGACUGAAGUUUGCCCAGAGACUUUUUGAGCCUGCCAAUGGAGGCCGCAAGUACCAAGGAGUUUCGCAGAACCUUGUUGUGAUUACAGAUGGAUAUUCUGCUGACAGAGUGGAUGAUGCAGCCAUGGCUUUGAGAAGCAAUGGGAUACACGUCUUUGCAGUUGGCGUAGGGAUUGUAAACUCUUUUGAGCUGCUCCGAAUAGCUGGUGAUGCAAGGAGAGUGUUCACAGUGGAGAACUUUGAUGUGCUGAAAACAAUCAGGAGCACUAUUACCAGUGAGAUCUGUGAACCUGAAGACUCGGCUAACCAGGAUUAUUGCAAUAUAGACCUUGCUAUAGCAGUUGAUAUUUCAAGACGUAUGCAGUCUGCAUCUUCACUGCUUCUGAAACAGAAAUUGCAAACAUUCCUCCCCAGGCUUUUAUUCCAGAUGAAAUCUCUUCCAAAUAUCAGCUGUAGUGCUGGAUUUCCAAUCAACGUUAGGUUCAAAUUCCAAGUAUUGUCACAGACCAAGGAAUUCCUCUUCAACUCGGAUUUUGAGGACUAUAAUGAAGAGAUCAUACAGAAGUUCAUAGAUGCACAAACAGUGGUGGAUACUUACCUGAACGUAGACUUCUUACAGGCAGUUCAGGAGAAGUUUUUUAGUGCAACCGCUGCUAAAGUGAAGGUUCUGUUAGUGCUUUCAGAUGGGUUGGAUGAUUCACUGGAAGAUCUCAGAAAAGCAGCCACUGCCUUUCGACUCAAAGGUCUUGAUGCCCUUCUCUUAGUUGGCUUGGAUAAUAGUCAGAACCUGACUACACUUCGUGAAAUAGAGUUUGGCAGAGGUUUUGGAUACAAUGAACCUCUGAGUGUUGGAUUUCCCGAGAUUGCAAGCAUCUUGCAGAGAAACCUUGAUACUGUUGCAGAAAGAAAAUGCUGUAAUGUUGUUUGUAAAUGCCUUGGAGAAAUUGGUGAUCAUGGAGGCUGGGGAAAUCCUGGGAGGAAGGGAAGUACAGGUUACAGAGGAUCUCCUGGCCACCCUGGUGAGGAAGGUGGGAUUGGAGACAGGGGUCCAGUUGGUUUCAAUGGGACUCGAGGAGAUAGGGGAUGUGCAGGUGCCAGAGGCCGUAAGGGAUCCAGGGGUUAUCAGGGAAGUCAGGGUGAGCAUGGUGAGAGUGGAUUUGAUGGCAUCGAUGGAGAACAGGGAGAACAUGGAUCUCCUGGAUUUCCUGGAGAGAAAGGCAGCCCUGGAAAACGGGGCAGAAAAGGCCCCAGAGGAGAACCAGGUGAACGAGGAGAACCUGGUCUAAGAGGAGAUCAUGGAGAUCCUGGGAUUGACAAUAAUAUUGCUGGUCCUAAGGGAGAAAAAGGAAACCCAGCAUGGCAGGGAGACCCAGGACCACAUGGACUCCAAGGAGAGCAGGGCCAUGCUGGUCCUGAUGGUGCAGAAGGUCGAAGAGGCCCUCCAGGUAUAAAGGGUGAGCAAGGAGAACUCGGGGAAAUGGGUUACCCAGGAGACCCUGGUCUCCCAGGCCCACAGGGCCCAAGAGGACCACAAGGGAUCAGAGGACCUCCAGGACCACAAGGCAUGCCAGGCUCUCAGGCUCGUCUGGGUCCCCCAGGUCCACCUGGCUCAAUUGGAAAGCUUGGUGCAAGAGGAGCAAAGGGUGAACCUGGUGACCCUGGAGAGAAAGGCCCUGUGGGACCACCUGGACCGAGAGGCAUACCAGGCAUGGAUGGCAGAGACAUCUAUGGUCCUGAAGGAAACAAAGGAGCAAAGGGGGAAUCUGGAUUCAUAGGCUAUCCUGGUCCAGAGGGAGAAGAUGGAGACCCAGGUGUUUCAGGAGCUAAAGGACCGAAAGGAAUUAGGGGUAGAAGGGGUAAUGCUGGCACACCAGGUUCCCUGGGAGAUCCGGGGGAUCAAGGACCAUCAGGACCUAUGGGUGCCAAGGGACCAAGAGGCACUGUUUUAAUGGAACCUUGUGAACUUGUGAAUUUUACACGAAAAAACUGCCCUUGUUCAUCAGACACGUGUCCAGUUUAUCCGACGGAGGUGGUGUUUGCCCUUGAUAUGUCUGAAGGUGUUACUCCAGCUGCGUUUGAACGAAUGAGAAACAUUGUUAUGUCAUUGCUGAAGGCCAUUAAGAUCAGUGAAAGCAAUUGCCCAACAGGUGCUCGUGUUUCCAUCGUUUCUUUCAAUACCAACACACGCUAUCUCAUUCGUUUCUCAGAAUUCCAGAAACACAACUUGCUUCUACAGGCAGUUCAGAGCAUACCACUGGAAAGAUCUACUGGAAAACGUAAUAUUGGGGCAGCAAUGAGAUUUGUUGCAAGAAAUGUCUUCAAACGGGUUCGUCAGGGCAUCCUCACAAGAAAAGUUGCCGUAUUUUUUGCCAAUGGUCCAUCUCAGGAGGAUGUGGUCAUCAGCACAGCUGUACUUGAGUUGAGUGCCUGGGAUAUCACUCCAGUGGUUAUUGCCUUCACUGAAUUGCCAAAUGUCAGACGUGCCUUCUCAAUUGAUGAUACUGGAAGAUUUCAAUUAUUUGUUUGGGAAAGGCAACAGGAUGAAAAUUUGGAGAGCAUCAUACAUUGUACACUUUGCUUUGAUAAAUGCCAGCCCAGUACCAUCUGUGAAGUGCCCGUUUCUCCACCUCUUCUGAUGGAUAUGGAUAUUACUUACGUCUUGGACAGCUCUCGCAGCAUCAGUGGUGAAGAUUUUCAGAGAGCCAAGGAUUUUGUGAGCAACAUGCUAGACCAGUUUGUCAUUGCUGAACAGCCAAGUGAAUCUUUUGGAGGCACCAGAGUGGCAUUGGUACAGCAGGCUCCCAGGGGCUUCCUACCUGACAGAAACAAAACUCCUGUGGCCUUGGAAUUUGAUCUAGAAACAUACAACAAUAAAGAUUUGAUGAAGAAACAUAUCCAAGAGUCUGUUCGCCAACUGGAAGGGCCAUCAGCCAUUGCUUCUGCAUUGCAGUGGACAGUUGAAAAUGUAUUUUUUAAAGCUCCCAGACAAAGAAAGCACAGGGUCAUAUUUGCAAUAGUUGGAAGCAAAACAAGCGUACAAGACAGAGAGAAGCUAAGAGAGAUUUCACUUGGAGUCAAGUGCCAAGGAUUUACUGUAUUCACUCUUGCACUUGGCAAUGACCUGAGUGACAGUGAGCUGAUAGAACUAUCAAGCUCCCCCACAGAUCAGCACUUAUUGUCACUGGGUAGGAUUUCAAUGUCUGAGAUGGUGUAUGCUCAGAGAUUUGCCCGGACAUUUCUAAACCUGCUACAACAAGAAAUGAACAGUUAUCCUUCUCCUGAACUUCAAGAAGAGUGUGAGAACUUAGAUCGGGGUGACGCACGAGAUCAGGUGUCUGUGACUGAAAGGAUGCCUUUACCUGGAACUGAUGAAAUUGGUUACAGUGGUGAUUUGAAAGACAUUGAAACAGCUGAAAAUAGAGCCCUGGAAAACGUUAAAUUGACUACCACAGGACCUGUAUACGCAAUGCCAGGAAUGGGAUAUGGUUUGGAGGAGAAUGAGUACUUCACAGAGGAAGACACAACUGGAGAAAAGCCACAAGAGUAUGGAGAAGCUCAGGGGAAAAAGGAAAGUCUAGCAACGAUAGUAGAAACUGGACCUGACAAUAAUGAUUAUGAUGCGUGUGCCCAGGUUCAAGAUAGUGGAGAAUGUCAGAAUUACGUUCUGAAGUGGUACUACAACAAAGAGCAGAAAAUGUGUGGUCAGUUCUGGUAUGGGGGCUGUGGAGGGAACAAAAACAGAUUUGAAACACAAGAAGAAUGUGGAUUCUUGUGUAUAAAGUCUUUCUAGUGCAGAGACACUUAAACUACUUUGUCCUUUGUUAUACUAUCAAGAUGAUGGGCAGAAGAGAUGGAAGAUCUUACACAGCAUCUCACCUCCCAGAUCUCAGCUCAAAGAAAUACUUGUUAGUGAUGUUAUUAUCUAUUAUUCUUAAUAGUGAAAACUAAAACUACUGCUCAAAUGAUCUAAGAUUUUGAAAAGUGAGAAAAUUUUAUUAGCUAACGCCAUGUUAUUUAAAAGGGAUAAAAGCAUUGAAACGAUUUUCUUCCAAAGACACUGAAGUGCACAUUUUAAAAAUGUACUAAAUAAAGUAAAAUAACCCCUUAAACAUUUUCAUGAAAUGAUCUUAGAUAUGAAAUAGUAAUGUCAAAAUAUUGAUUCAUUACUUGCAUUUGUCUUAUGUAUAAGAGAAAGAGAAAGCAUUCAGCUCUCAAGGGUCAUACACUUACUAGAACUUCACUUUCAUGUGGAGGUUUUUCUACUCUAGUCACUCCCCUUAUAAAUAUUUCAAUAUGUGAAUAAAAUCAUUCUCUUUCAAAUAUUUCUGUUCUGCCAAUAGUUCUUGAAACAGAUGGGAGCAUAUUCUCAUAGUGUGCCUGCUUAUAUGUAAGCAAGUGUUCUUUCCCUUGUCACUAAAAGUUAGACAAAUGCAU